CAAAAGCCGGAAAGGGUGGGAUGUCAGUGUCGGCGUGGGGUCCGCCCGAGAGCUCCAGAGCCGGCCCAGCCGGGUCCCCUCGCCGUGGGUGGGCAGAGAGGGGGUCGUGCCCCGCAGCAAGACAAAGGAGGCCAUGAGGUUGCAUGCUUUUCUUCUUCUCAGGCAUGCUUCGGAAAAUGGACAUUAAAAACGAAGACGAUGUCAAAUCUUUUUCUCGAGUGAUGGUCCAUGUUUUCAAGGAUGGCAUAACAAACUGGGGCAGGAUUGUGACUCUUAUUUCUUUUGGUGCCUAUGUGGCCAAACACUUGAAGAGCAUAAACCAGGAAAGCUGCAUCGAACCCUUAGCAGAAAGUAUCACAGAUGUUCUUGUAAGGACAAAACGGGACUGGCUUGUCAAACAAAGAGGCUGGGAUGGGUUUGUGGAGUUCUUCCACGUACAGGACCUAGAAGGCGGCAUCAGAAAUGUGCUGCUGGCUUUUGCGGGUGUUGCUGGAGUAGGGGCUGGUCUGGCAUAUCUAAUAAGAUAGCCUUGUGAGUGCAGUAGGGGACUCUUAACUCCAGCCACCAAACCACAUGCUUCUGUGAAAACAAAUGUAUUUAUGAAGUUGGACUUGAAGCUGCCCGGGCUUUAACAAUCCAGGAGUUCCACUCUAGCAACAUAGCCAGAAAGAAAGCAAAUGGCUACAGGAUUGUGGCUAACAAGAAUAAAUACAUGGGAAAAGUGCUCCCUCUUGAAGAGUUACUAUCUGAAAGAAGCCAAGUUUUCACUCAGCAAAUUUUGGGAGGCCUUGGAGGAGGACUUGUAGAUUGAAUGGAAGUGGUAGGUGGACAGACUUGAUUUCCUUGUCUAGAAGAGUGGCCAGUCCUCAGGCUAGUCAUAGAGCUCAAUAAAUGUGCAGAGUCCAUCACUCUCCUGUGGUGUUGAAAGAAGCACUAAUGAUGGCGGUGAUCUGUGUAAGAUGGAUUUAAGCUACAAGGAACCAGGCCAUGACUAGAAGCCGCAGUACUGUACAAGAAUGUGAAAGGAGGCUCUGUGGUGAGCUUUCCCAGGUGUACUUCUUGACAGAGUCCAAGUGCUCAGGACGUGUAGACCUGUCUACUUUGGCUUGGUUUUGUGAUAAUCUUAAGUUUAUUAGCCUAGUAAUGGCCAAAAUACUUGACUUAAGGUUCACUAAUUAGUUACAAAACUGAAAAGCCUCAAUUUUUAAGGUAAACAACAUAUAAAAUGUAUUUGUCUGUAAAAAUUGUAUAUAUUUUUACAGAAAAUCUAUUUCUUUGGAUAUAAAACGAGGGACUCCAAUUUAGUUUUUCCAUACCCUUUUGAAAUUUGCAACUUCUCUAGUUAGAAAUCUAUUUCUUACAACUUUUUAAAACUUUGUCAUGAUCAGCUCUAGAGUAUAUACAGAACAAGUUGUGUGUGUGGACUGGUUGUAGUGAAACAAAUCGGAUUCAUAACUAUGCAGGCUUAAUUUUCCAGUCUGAUUUUGUAUGUGAGGAUCACAGAUAGAUGUAAGGAAUUUGACCCCCUGUUGACUUUAAAUUGUAAAGUGGUUUGGUAACACAGGCUAGACUCAUAACCAUGGUGCUAUUGACAAGGUUUACUUGUUUGACACAAGUUUAAGCCUGGUGGUGUCAAUAAAACAAAUAUGUAUUUCUUUUCUACUAA